AAUGUCAGAUAUUACUUAAUGCAAAUAAGUUCAUAUAUAAGGCAGAGCAGAUUUUUUAAAGUUAAAGUAGAAGUUUUUCUUACUUCAAGAUGAAGACUUUUGCAAUUAUAGUAACUUUGUUGGCGACUGCAACUUGCAAUCUAAUUUUUUCUGCGAAAGAUGAACUACCACCUUUUAGACAUCCCACUGUAGAUCCUAUAGGCUCACCAGAUGAUUUACCGGACGAUCCUAACUUGCAAAUUAUCCACGGAGAUGAAGUAAAGCCCCAUUCUAUUCCAUACCAAAUAUACCUGAUUGGUAGAAGUUCAUUUCAGGCGUGGUCUUGUGGAGGCUCUAUCAUUUCACCAAAAACUGUUAUUACUGCAGCCCACUGCGUGGAUGGUGCAACUUCGAUAGAAAUCACUCUUGGUGCUCAUAACCUUAAACAGGCGAGUCCUGGUCAAAUAACAGUAAAUGCAGCUAGCUGGAAAAGACACGAAAAAUAUAAUCCUAAUACCAUUGAUAACGAUAUCGCUGUUGUGAUUUUGCCAAAUGAAAUUCCAGUGUCUCCAACUAUUAACUAUUCCAAACUACCAUCUAAGACGGAUGUCCAUAAGGAUUUUGUAGAUGAUAGUGCUCGAGUAAGCGGUUGGGGUGUAACCACCAGUGGUGGCGGAACUGUCUCUGACGUUCUUCGUCAAGUUAACAGUACCAUAAUAAGUAACUUGGCGUGUAACAAUGUCUACGGAAUUGUUAAAAAUGAAGAAAUUUGCCUUUCUGGAGAUGAAGGGAAAACAGCUUGCAACGGAGACUCUGGUGGUCCAUUGGUUAUUGGAGACAUUCAAGUGGGAAUAGUGUCAUAUGGAGUCCGAGGGUGUCUCUCCGGAUAUCCUUCUGUGUAUUGCAGAACAACCAAGUUUCUUGAUUGGAUUGAAGACAAUUCAGACUGGAGAGGCGACUAGACACUCUCCUUAUUGCGUCGUCUCCUUUCGAAGGUUGGCGAUCCAAAUGGCAAAUGUAGCUUUUUAAACUGCUGUACAAAAAUUUCUGCUAAUUAUUAAAAUAAAAUUAUAUCAUUAAAUAUACAGGGUGUAACAAAAAUAUAGGUCAUAAAUAAAAUCACUUAUUCUGGGACCAAAAAUAGUUCGAUUGAACCUAACUUACCUUAGUACAAAUAUGCACACAAAAAAAGUUACAGCCCUUUGAAAUUACAAAAUGAAAAUCGAUUUUUUCCGAUAUAUCGAAAACUAUUAGAGAUUUUUUAAUAAAAAUGGACAUGUGGCAUUAUUAUGGCAUGAGCAACCUAAAAAGAAAUUAUUUUGAAAUUUGUGCAGCCCAUAAAAAUUUUUUGGGGGAUUUGUUCCCUUAAACUCCCCCAAACUUUUAUGUGCGUCCCAAUUAAAUUAUUUUUGUAGUACCAUUAGUUAAACACAAUGUUUUUUAAACUUUUUUGCCUCUUAGUACUUUUUCGAUUCUUCUUCUUUGAGUGCCUCUCCUAUCGGAGAUUGGAUAUCAUUAGGGCGAUUCUAAUUUUAUUUGCAGCUGUUUUGAACAAUUCGUUAGUGGUACAGCCAAAUCACUCUCUCAAAUUUCUCAUCCAGGACAUUUUUCUACGGCCUGGAUUUCUUCGUCCUUGGAUUUUUCCUUGCAUUAUAUUUUGUAGGAAUGUGUACUUUUGUCCCCUCAUCAGGUGCCCUAAGUAUUCAAGUUUUCUCUUUUUUAUAUUCAGUAGAACUUCUGGCUUGCUAUUUAUUCUACGUAUUACUUCUUCAUUUGUAAUUUUAUCCACCCAACUUAUUCUUAGUAUACGGCGGUAGCACCACAUCUCAAAGCUUUCAAGAUUUUUAAUAUUCCUCUGUUUAAGAGUCCAUGACUCAACACCGUAGAACAAAGUACUGAAUACAUAGCAUUUUAACAUUCUAGUUCGUAGAUGAAUACUAAUAUCACGAUUACAAAAUAAUUUUUUCAUUUUUAUAAAAGUAGACCUGGCAAUUUCAAUACGUCUUUUUAUCUCGUGAUUUUGGUCACCUGUUUCAUUGAUAAGGGUUCCCAAGUAUUUGUAUUCGUUUACUUUUUCAAGUUGGGUACCGUUUAUUGUGAUACUAGUGUCAUGUAUUGGAUUCUUACUGAAGGUCAUAUAUUUGGUUUUUUUGACGUUCAUCCUUAUGCCGUAGUUAUUACAUAUCUCAUUCAUACUUUCAACUAGAUGUUGUAGAUCUUCCGCUGUUCUUGCCAUUAUCACAGUAUCGUCAGCAUAUCGAAUGUUAUUGAUAACUUCUCCAUUGACUAUUAUCCCUUCGUUUGCAUAUGAGAGAGCUUCUUGGCAUAUUUGUUCGCUGUAGAUAUUAAACAAGAGCGGUGACAAUAUACAACCCUGUCGUACCCCUCUACGUAUUUCUAUUUCGUCCGAUGUUUGGUCUUCUAUUUUUAUAUUAGCUCGCUGAUUCCAGUACAGAUUUAAUAUUAUUUGUAUGUCUCUGGUGUCAAUGUUCUUACUCUCCAGGAUUUCUUUGAGUUUACUGUGGCGUACUUUGUCAAAGGCCUUUUCAAAGUCUAUAAAGCAGACGUGUACCUCUUGGUAAACAUCUAGGCAUCUCUGUGUUAGAACGUUCAAGGCAAAGAGAGCAUCCCUUGUACCUAAUCCUUUUCUGAAUCCCAUCUGUGUAUCGUUAAUAUCGAUGUCUAGUUUUUGAUAGAUUCGGUUGUGGAUGACUCUAAAAAUAUUUUAAGCAGGUGACUCGAUAAACCAGUUUUAAUCGAGAUGCGGCUUCUUUUUUAAUAUGUUUACAUAAAAAUUUUAUGGGGGUUUUGUUAAACCCUCCAAAUGUUUGUGUACUUACGUUCCAAUUAAACUAUUAUUGCUGUACCGUUAGUUAAACACAGUGUUUUUAAAACUUUUUUUGCCUCUUAGUAUUUUUUAGAUAAGGCACCUUUUAUCGAGAUGUGGCUUCUUUUUUAAUAUGGUUCAAAGUACAUAUACCUUAAACUGUAAUUUAUAAAUAAAUUUUCAUAUUAUUACCAAGUCUCUAAAAUCGUACUUAACAGUACACAAAUAUGUGGUGGAUUUGACAAAAUAUUCAAAAUAUCUCAAAAAAACUAACUUUUCGAAAAAGUAAUAAGAGACAAAAAAGUUUUAAAAACAUUGUGUUUAACUAAUUGUGCCACAAUGAUAAUUUAAUUGGAACGUACACAAAAGUUUGUGGGGGUUUAAGGGAACAAAACCCCCAUAAAAUUUUUAUGGGGUACACAAAUUUCACUAUAAUUUUUUUUUCAGUUUUUCCUACCAUAAGUAUGUCACAUGUCCGUUUUCAAUAAGAAACAUCAAACAGUGUUCGAUCUAUUGAAAAAAAUCGAUUUUUAUUUUGUAAAUUCAAAGGGCUGUAAGUUUUUUUAGGUGCACAUUUUUGUACUAAGGUAAGUUAGGUUAAAUCGAACUAUUUUUGGUCCCAGAAUAUGUGAUUUAAUUUAUGACCUGUAUUUUUUGUUACACCCUGUAUAUGUGGUUAGGUAUAUUUGUAAAUUAAAAAAGACGCCAUUAUAAAA